AUGUCUCUUUUUGCACGUCGCAACGUCAAGCGAACCACCAGCCGGAAGGCAGCGCUGGUCGAGGAGGAUGAGGCCGCGGGGGGGGGCAACAAUCUGAGGUCUCCGUCGGAUGAGGGCCUCUGCUCCCUGGGGGCGGGAGGGUCGUUUGGCCGCACAUCUUUUGCGAUCUCUUCCCAUUCGGCGCUCGGCUCUGCGUCUGGCUCAUCCAGAAGCGAUGUAGGGUCCGGCUCCGCCCCGGCCUCUGCUGCUGCUCUCGCGACCGCGUCGCACAUUCGAGAGAAAGCCGCUGUAGCGGCCGCCAAGUCGCACGCCUCUUCGGCUGCAGCGCGGCCUUCUGCGUCUGCGUUUCGUGACAGUUCACAGAGAUCUCAGGCCACUUUCUACUCGGACUUAUUCGAUGCCUACGACGGCGACGACCCGCCUGCGCGGGACUCGAGCGCGUCGAGUCAGAGCGGCAGAGCGGCCACCUCGGGAGGCGGCCUCCACGCCUCGCGCUCCGAACGGCUCGGAGGCAGCUUCGCCAGGCCGGGCUCCAGCGGCGACGACGCUUCCCGGCGCCCGGGGGGCGGCGCACUCGGCCGCGGGGGACUGAGCUUCUCGGGGCUCGAUGAGGAAGCCGAUCGCGAAGGCGAGUUCUUCAAAGUGAAGAAAAGCAAGGCCAGCAAGCGCCUGCAGAGGGAGAAGGAGCGCGAGGCCCGCACAGACAACCUGGACCGCUUCGAAAAGGGGGAAGUGGGUGCGCAGACGGCCGCCGCCUCAGACCGGUCUCGAGGCCUUUCGAGUGGCGAUUCCGGGAGCGCGAAAACCAGUAGCAAACUCGUCCUCCAGGCGACAGGCUUGCGGCUGUUAGUCAACCAGACGCACCUGCAGAAGGCGCAGAUCGCCGGGGUCGACUCCGCAUCUGAGCGGGCGCGCGCGUCGGAUCCUUCAGAUCGCCGCGCGCGCGGCGCGACAAGCAGCGGGCGCGAUGCGGCUGAGAAGGGCUCGUCGUCUCUGCCGUCCCGUGGCAGGUGCAGCGGGGCUGACGGCGGCGGAGGAGACCGACGCGAGGCGGUUGCAGCGGCGCGGAGGAAAGAGGAAGCAGCUCCGUUUUCGGGUUUGCCUUCGGAGCGAAUUCUUUCGCUGGCGGAACUCGAGGAGGCCGAGGCCCGUCAGCGCGCGACGCAUGGGGACAGGAACCUCCAGUACGGAGGCUCUUCGGGCGCCCGGGGCUCGCGGAGCCAGGGGGCGGAUCAAGAGGAUGACGUUGCGUCUAUGGCUCGGCUCGCGCGUGCACAGAGACAGCGCGCACGAAUGAUUGAGAAGGGCGAGCUGAUUCCCGCCGAUUCUGCAGCCGCGCUUACCGGCGAGUGGGGCGCUGCUGUGAGGCUCCAGAGACGCCAGCAGCAGCAACUGGAGCCGCUGCGCUCGUGGCGAGACGGCGCUGCACACGAUGACGAAGACCAGGGCGAGGAGCUCGACGAUGGGGAUCUGCCCGGGAUGAAGGAGAACGGUGAAGAUCUCGACGAAGAUGAGCAAGAAGAAGACCCUGCUGCGCGCCUGAAGGAGCAGCUCCAGCGGCUCAAAGUUCAGCAACAGGCUGAUGAGGACACCAACACCGGUCGGAAUGAAGAGGAGGAGGCUUGGGAGGCGUGGGAGCGCGAGAAAAUCCUCAAAGGCGCCGGCCGAAGACACUUGCUCCAACAGCAGCAACUCAUGGUACAGCGGCAGCAGGAGCAGCAGGUGUAUUUACAACAACAGCUGCUGCAACGUCAUCAUGAUGGCGGAGGGGCGCCUGCGCAGGCCAUUCAGCUACAACUGUCGCUUCUUCAGCACCAGCAGCAGCAUCAGCAGCGUCUGUUGAAACAGCUUGCGAGUCCGCAGCAGCGAGAUGGCGGCAUGUCCGCGGAAAGCGUCGAUGCAUCUGCCAAUCUGGCGAUCCUCGGAGCCGACGCGGCGACCGCGUUGGGCUCUACCGAGCCCGCACGGGCAGGCACCGGAAGGACGAGUGCGUCGAGCAGCCUCGUCGAAGCCCCCACGAGCGCCGCGUGGCUGAAAGAAGUGUGGGGAGUCGACGGGGCGGAUGCACAGGUGCGGGCGGCGCUGGAGUGGCUGAAAGAAGAAGGUCAGCAGCUGCGGCAGUUAGCGGAGGUCGAGGAAGACCAACGGGAGAAGCGACGGCGCCACAGGGCUGCUGCGGCAGAUCAGCUUCGGGUCCUCGAGGUUCGGCAGCUGGGUGUGGGGAAGCGUUUGGACGACUUGCAGGAUUUUCUCAUCUUCGUAGAAGAUCUUUCUGGAUUUAUUCUCGCCAAAGAGAGUGCGGUCCAGCUCGCGCAGUCGACUGUCGAGGAAAUGGAGAGAGAGUUCACCGACCGCAAGUUUGAGCGGCGCGUCCUCGAGUUCGAUGAUCUGCGCCGCGUGGCGUUUCGCAGAAGGCAGCCACGCGCCGGGGGCGCAGCGGGCCGCGAAGGAGAGGUGGAGAGCUCCAGCGAGAGUUCGAGCGACACGGACUCGAGCGGAGACAUCGACGAGUUUGGCAGGAGCCGAAAGUACACGCAAAAGCUUCAGAGGAGCGACCGCGAGAAGGCCCGACGCGAGCGCCGGCUUUCCAAGCGACAGGCGCGUGGCGGGACGCCCAGCGGAGACUUCCGGUCGACGUCGCCGGCGUGUUCAGCCGCUAAAGCGCUCCGGCGCAUGCGCGGGGGGUUAGGCAGGCGGGCGGCUUCUCGUGAGGCGGUUACCGGAGAGGAUGGGCGAGGAGACAGACCAGGCCCGGCAGGUAGUGAGCAGCUGUGGCAUGUGCUGAGAGAGACGCUAGGGGAGGGCUGGGAGACGAGUGAAGACGAAGAGGACGACGGGGGCCAUCGGCUGCGGAAGGACCGAAGCAAGUUCAGCGCGGCGGCCUUGGACGUCAUGGGGGACGUCUCGGACGCGUUCGUCUCCGUUGCGUCCAUCCUCGAGGAACUCGAGAAAAUGAAAAAAUGGUGCAGCGCCGAGUUCGCGCAGCUCAAGGUCCUGGAGCAAGUCCCCGACAUGAUCAAGGUGCAGGUCCGGUGGCAGCUCCUCUGGUGGAACCCGAUGGCGAUCGCUCCGGCGGCCGCCGCCAGCAACGCGGCGGGAAAGGCAGAGGCGGCAGGAGAGAAAGAGAAGAAAGACCCUGUCUGGGUGUGCGAAGCAUCUCUCGAAAACUUCGAUUGGUUUGCGGAACUUGGACUCUUCAUCGAGAAAAUGGACGACCUGAACGCGGCAGUGGCGCAGGAGCGCGCGGCUCCAAAGGAGGGCAAGCGAGAAGGAAGCGAACAAGACAAGAGCAAGAGGGAGCCGACGCCAGAUGCGUAUGAUCCCAGCAAUAUCAUGUCUGAUGUCGUGAAGCAGUGCGUCGUGCCUCGCGUCGCCGCUGCCCUCAAGUGUACGGAUAUCACGUCGUUCACCUCCGUUAACCGAGCCUCCCAACUCCUCGGAGAACUCCUCCUUUUCAGGGACGACAACUCAUUGCCACAUCUUACGAAAGUCCUUCAGGAUUUCGUGAGCUUCUUCGUGGCGCAGCUGUCGGCCCUUCUGCCUGUCGAGUUCGUUAAGCAAGCAUUGUCGUGUCUACCGGCUUCGUCGUCAAAGCAGAAUCACAGAGCGUUGGACAACGCGGGCGGCGAUGGAACGGAUGGCCCCCAGGACAGCGACGCGCGACAGGAGAUAACUCAGCUGUACCUCCACCGUGCUCUCAAGGUUGCUGGUUGCUGCACCUGCCUCGUGGAUAUUCUCAGCGAUUCGCUGCUUCUCCACAUUUGCAUGCAGGAGAUUCUUGUCGACCGCAUCAAGCCCCUCCUGGCCCUCUUGCCGCCCUCACGACAACUCUUGCUCGCGGGCGCCUUCAUUCACCUCUUGCCGCUUCGCUGGGUGAUUCAGCUCCAGCAAGAGAACCCUGAGGAGAGCAGUAGCGCCACUCCCGGGCGCAUGCAGCAGCUUCUUGGGACCGUCGUGGCUCUUGGCGAGGCGGUUGUCGACGAGGACGAACGCGCCGAGGUUCUGCUUCUCUUGAAAAAGAUAUCUCCACAGGAGGAAGCGGAGAAGAUACAGCGCGUCUUUGAGCAACGCCACGGCCACAAAAAUCCUCAGCAGCGCCCCUGA